GUCCCAUAUUCUCAUACGUAAAUGCCACUUUGAAUGGUUUGUCGACGAUCAGAAGCAACGGCAUUGAAAUCGAGAAAUUAAUGCGAAAACGAUUCAAUGAAUUGCAAGAUCGUCACAGCGGCACGUGACAGUAUAGUUGGCAGCAAAGCAGGUCUAGCAAUAUCGCAGUUCUGAUCGUUCGUCUACAAUAUACUAUAAAACAGUCGAGUUUAGCGAGUCGGUGUCAUUGAUGACCUCCGUGGAAAGGAUUCUUCAGUACAUGAACCUUCCUAAGAAAGAACCUAUUACCUCGGACAAUCCACCGUCACCUACAUGGCCAUCCCAAGGACAAUUGAUUUUAAAGGAUGUGAACAUGAAAUAUCAUAUCGAUGAUUCACCAGUUUUGAAGAAUCUGAAUGCAUCCAUCGAGCCUGGCUGGAAAAUUGGGAUGGUUGGACGAAUUGACGCCGGCAAGUCCUCCUUGAUCUCGGCACUUUUCCGCUUGUUCAAUGAAGGUCUAGAAGGCGAGAUCAAAAUCGAUGGUCGGGACACAAGCACGAUGGACCUCAGUAAACUGCGCUGCAAAAUCUCCAUUAUACCUAUUAACCAUUAUACAGAAACCUGUGCUCUUUUCUGAGAGUCUAUGUUACAAUCUGAAUUUAAUCAAUACGAUGACUUCAAGCUAUGGGAGGUGUUGCGGCAAGUCCAGCUGAAUGAUGUUACACUGGACUGGAUACGAUAUCUUCAACAUCGGUCAGAGGUAACUCAUAUGCCUGGCCAGAGCCAUCUUGAAAAACAAUCGCUUGCUCGUUCUCGAUGAAGUCACGACAAUAUUGAUUCGCAGAAUUGAAAAUGUGCUUACAUAAACUUGCUAGACGACAUAUUGGAAGCACUCGGAACACCAAAGGAAUAUCAAC